AUGGAUUCUAGUCUCGGAGCCAAGGGCAAUGCAAUCACAAAGAAGACAAGUACCUCGUCACAAGCCUUGCUAAACAAGAAGAAGGAAAUCGUGGAUAAGAUCAUGGUCGAAGUGUUCACACCUCUAUUCAACCAAUGGCUCGACCAAGCUUGCCGUCCUCGCACCCAUGGCUGCGAUGGUCAUGAUAGCACGAGCACAGGCUCGGACCGUUCCAAUGACAGCGGUCGGGGCGGUGGUGCUCCUCAACGCCCUCCCGGUGGUCAGAAGCGACGGUUGCGGAAAGAUGACCAAGAUGAUCGAACUGAGGAGGACGAUGACGACGAUAACGAUGGUCGUCGUGGAAGAGGCCGCGGCAAACGAUCUCGUACUGACGAAGAAGAGAUCUUCAAGAACGACGAUGGGCUCAAGGAGCACCAGAGGUCCAAGACACCCUGCCCGUUGAAGACGGAGAAGCCGCACGAUGGAUUCAACAAGGCCCAGGAGAAACAGCUCAAGUCUCGACAAAGACCGGGUGCUAAUGAGAUUCAGAAAUGGGAAGACAUGUACAGAAUUCUCUUCCCCGAAGAUCUUAUUCCAAGUCCCUACUAUGAUGGUCAAUACUCGGAAGAUCCAGAUGCGGAAGACGGUAGCAAGAGCCAUUAUGCCAAAUUGGAGAACUUCCUUAGACGGCAGCUUCCACCAAUUAUACGAUCCAAGCUUGAACAAGAGGUCGAGAGGGAGCUGAACUGUGUCGAGGAUAUCAUGAAGGACAAGGCGGUGCAGAUCUUCCAGAACACCACCCUACAGCUCCUCCAACUCGCCCGUGGCGGUUUCCAGGAAGCCUCAAAUUCCGUCCCGAAUAUCGACGGGGAGCCUGGGCCUUCAGAAUCAGCGCUGCCCCCGUCGUUUGACACAUCCGUCCUUGGGGAUCCAGAUCUCGGAGAGCUCUUUAGUUCUGAGUUCACGUUUGACAACUUCUACAAUUUCCCCAUGGGACAGGCCGGAUUUGAGGAGGGGGUGACCGACUUGGCAUAUGAGCCAACAUCUAACGCUUGUUCAAGGGACAGCUAUGGUCGCUGUCCUGCGACGGAGUGCGAGCCGUUGCGGACGAGGAAGACUCAUGCACCCGUGUUCACUUGA